GGGGGCGCGCGCGCACGCACGCUCACUGGCUGGCUCACGUUCGCCCCUCAGAAGCGCGCGCCGCCUGUGCUCUUUCCCCUCCCCGGUCUGCGCCGCCCUCGUCCAAUGAGCGGCGCUGUUGUUGGCAGGUGCGGAGUGUUUUUGUUUUGGGUUGAAGAAGAAGAAGUAGUAGUUGUAGUUGAGGGAGGCCGAACUCUCUUUUCCUCCUUCCCUGUGCAGUGUGGCGCGUAGGGGAGGGGGCUUGAGCGGACCGACACCCCCGGAACCAUCGCUACCCAACCCCACCCCGGCCCUCACUGCUGUCGAAGGAGGGAGGGAGACGGUUUUUCUCUCCCCCCGCUCUCUACCAUCCCACCUCCACCUCCCUUCCUCACUGUCCCCAACCCCGCGGCGCAAAGGGAGGACGUCGGGCCAAGCGGGACACGACCGCCGCUGCUGACGCCGCAGCAGCUAAGGAGCGGGGGGCCAGGCCUGCCUCGGCCUGGCCUGGCCUGGCCUCACCCAAGCCGACCCCCGCCGGGCCUUCACAAUGAGGAGGGAAAUGAACGGAGUUACCAAGAGCCGGUUUGAGGUUCUCCAGGUCAGCCACCUUGGCUUCAUGGGAACAAACUCAUUCCCAAAUCAGUAUAAAAAACCCUUGGAUGCGUAGUCAUGAUGCUGAUGUUCUCAAACAAUGAUGAGGCUGUGAUCAAUAAAAAGCUUCCCAAAGAACUGCUGCUUCGAAUAUUCUCCUUCCUGGAUGUGGUCACGCUAUGCCGUUGCGCUCAGGUCUCCAGGGCAUGGAAUGUCCUGGCCCUGGAUGGUAGCAACUGGCAGCGCAUUGACCUGUUUGAUUUCCAGAGGGACAUUGAGGGGCGUGUAGUGGAGAAUAUUUCUAAAAGAUGUGGGGGUUUCUUACGAAAGCUGAGCCUACGUGGAUGCCUAGGUGUGGGAGACAACGCAUUAAGGAGCUCAGGCCAAUGUUCAUGGCUCUCCCCAUUUUAUCCUCUCAAGACCCCUGUGAGGACAUUUGCACAGAACUGCCGAAAUAUUGAAGUGUUGAACUUAAAUGGCUGCACCAAGAUUACAGAUGCUACAUGUACUAGCCUUAGUAAGUUCUGCUCCAAACUCCGACAUCUUGAUCUAGCUUCCUGCACUUCAAUAACCAACCUGUCCCUCAAAGCACUGAGUGAGGGAUGCCCUCUCCUGGAGCAGCUCAAUAUCUCAUGGUGUGACCAAGUGACAAAAGAUGGCAUCCAGGCUUUGGUGAGAGGCUGCGGUGGACUUAAAGCUCUGUUUCUUAAAGGCUGCACACAGCUGGAGGAUGAAGCUCUCAAGUACAUUGGGGCACACUGUCCUGAACUGGUGACUUUGAAUUUGCAGACCUGCUUGCAAAUAACAGAUGACGGCCUCAUUACAAUAUGUAGAGGGUGCCACAAGUUACAAUCUCUGUGUGCCUCUGGCUGCUCCAACAUCACCGACGCCAUCUUAAAUGCUUUAGGGCAAAACUGUCCAAGGCUUAGAAUAUUGGAAGUGGCUCGGUGUUCUCAGCUUACUGACGUGGGCUUUACCACUCUGGCUCGGAAUUGCCAUGAGCUGGAAAAAAUGGACCUGGAAGAGUGUGUUCAGAUAACAGACAGCACAUUAAUCCAGCUCUCCAUACAUUGUCCACGGCUUCAGGUUUUGAGUUUAUCACACUGUGAGCUGAUCACCGAUGAUGGGAUUCGCCAUCUGGGCAAUGGUGCCUGUGCCCAUGAUCGCCUGGAGGUGAUCGAGUUGGACAACUGCCCUUUGAUUACAGAUGCCUCCUUGGAACACCUCAAGAGCUGCCACAGCCUGGAGAGGAUAGAGUUAUAUGACUGUCAACAGAUUACACGGGCUGGAAUCAAAAGACUUAGGACCCACUUACCCAAUAUUAAAGUCCACGCCUACUUCGCGCCUGUGACCCCACCACCAUCUGUGGGGGGCAGCAGACAGCGCUUCUGCAGAUGUUGCAUCAUCCUAUGACGCGGGAGCCAAUCUACCUUGCGCAAAAAAAACUGAAUAUUUAAUUGUCCUUCUAGAGGUAACAGUGGACACCAGUAUCUCCACAAAAAAGCGAUGUUGGUGGUCUCUCACGAGGGCCUUUUGAAAAGAAAGCAAAGCACGGGGAGCUGGUCCCAGAACUCUGUUCCCAUUUUUGCCCCAUAAGCCACACACAAAAACUCAUCACAGUGUAUACACACACACCUCUCCUUAUUCCAGCAAACCGAAGGACCUUGGAGUUGAGGAGCUGGAUCAGUGGGAUCCUUCUCUCUUUUUUUCUUGUAGGUGGGUUGGUAUUAUUAUGAACCAUUCCUGCUGGGCAUGCUCAGAAGAAAUCAUGGGAAGGUGGGUGGGAGAGAAAGUGGGGAGGGAGGGGAUCAUCACGCACAUCUGAAGAACUUGCUGGGGAGUGGGGAAGGAGAGUUGUUCUAUAGACAUUGGGAACAACAGAAUGGACAAACCCUUCAAUGCAAGUGUGGAAGCAGGGGUGAUAAUUAAGGAAAGGAACAAAAACACUGAAUCUUACCGCCACUGUCCAGAAGGGAGAAAAAUGUAAAACACAAAAGCCCAUGAUUACAUUUUUUACUUUUUAAAAAAUCAUCAUCCUUGUGUUAGGGAAUGUUAAAACAGCAGCCAUUGUGAAACGUUGAUUCUUGCGCUUCUGUACUUCCUCGUUUUCUGUGCCAGCACAUACACUGAGCAUGCUCAUGUUGAAGGUUCAGCGGUUUCUCUUCCGUGUUUCGUAGCGUUUGGCGCAGAGACUUCAUAGAUUGUUGUGAUGAUAAAGCUAGAAAUCUGUAAUGUCAGGUCUGAUUUAUUUUCUUACAUUUUCUUUCCUCUCUCUUCCUCCAAUAUCUUCAGGUUUUUGGUGUUCUGUUUUUGUUUUUUAAAAAAAGAUACCUAAUUCUGAGAUUGUAUGAGAUGAUUGAACAUAAAAUAUAUGUCAAGUUA